AUGAUAUCUAUCGCUGUCCGCACUCGAUCACCGGCAUCGCGGCCGGCUGCCCACCUUGCUCGGGCAUCCAUCGUGGUGGCCAGCUCUCGGUGUAGUAUCAUUCCCAUCCCGAGAACUGGUUACUGUGCGGCCACGUCCACUGAACAAGGCCACCUCACUGCCUCGACACGGCUCUUCUCGACGACAGCCGUAUCUAGGCUUCGCGAUUUCUUCCCCGCCAGCGACACGCCUCAUAUCCAAAAGACAAAGGCCGCCUGGCCGCAUCAUGGCUACACCAUGGACGAGAUGGCAGCGGUGGUGCCAGCGCACCGAGCACCUCGAACUGUCGGCGACUGGGUGGCCUGGAAGAUUGUGCGUUUUGCACGCUACUGGAUGGACCUGGCCACGGGCAUGGACCGCAAGCAGCAGGUUGACAAGAAGAAUCCGACGACGGCCGUCGAGGCCGAGAAGCCGUUGACAGAAGCGCAGUGGCUCAUUCGAUUCGUCUUCCUGGAAAGUAUCGCCGGCGUACCAGGUAUGGUUGGCGGCAUGCUGCGUCACCUCAACAGCCUGCGACGAAUGAAGCGAGACAAUGGCUGGAUCGAGACGCUACUCGAGGAGAGCUACAACGAGCGCAUGCAUCUCUUGACAUUCAUGAAGAUGUGUGAGCCUGGCUGGUUCAUGAAGCUGAUGAUCAUCGGUGCCCAAGGCGUCUUCUUCAACAGCAUCUUCAUCGUCUACCUUAUUCGGCCGAAGAUCGUCCACCGAUUCGUUGGUUACCUCGAGGAGGAAGCAGUACAUACCUACACCAGAGCCAUCUACGAAAUCGAGCAAGGCCAUCUUCCUCGGUGGUCGGACCCCAAGUUUCGCAUCCCCGACAUUGCUGUGGAGUAUUGGAACAUGCCUGAGGACCACCGCACCAUGAAGGAUCUCAUUCUCUACAUCCGAGCUGAUGAGGCCGGUCACCGCGGCGUCAACCAUACGCUCGGAAACCUGAACCAAAGCGAAGACCCGAACCCCUUCGUCAGCACGUUCAAGGAUCGCGACGUGCCCAAGCCGAGCUUGAAGCCCGCAGGAUAUGAGCGUUCCGAGGUCAUCUAA